CAAAGUUCACAUGUUUGAUAUUUGGGAACAGUACUAAUUGGGUGCAGAGAAAAUGGGGCAAAAAGCAUCACAACAAUUGGCUCUGAAGGACAGCAAAGAGGUCCUCAGCGUCUGUGAGGUGGUCAGUGGAGCGAUAGUCCACGCAGCUCAGAAACUGAAGGAGUAUCUUGGAUUUGAAUAUCCUCUGAGUAAACUCUGCCCAGCUGCAAAUACUCUGAAUGAGAUCUUCUUAAUCCACUUCAUCACUUUCUGCCAAGAAAAGGGAGUGGAUGAGUGGCUUACCACCACCAAGAUGACCAAGAACCAAGCCUUACUGUUUGGAGCAGACUGGAUUUGGACCUUUUGGGGAUCUGAUAAGCAAAUAAAGCUUCAGCUGGCAGUACAGACCCUGCAGAUGUCUUCUCUCAUGGAAUCUAAGCCUUGUGACCUCUCCAAUCCAGAGCCAAGGGUAAAGGAGUCUUCCUGGAAGGAAAGUAGAUUUGAUAAGCUGGAAGAAUUCUGUAGCUUGAUAGGAGAGGAUUGUCUGGGCCUGUUUAUCAUCUUUGGUGUGCCGGGGAAGCCUAAAGACAUCAGAGGAGUUGUCCUGGACAGUGUCAAAAGUCAGACGGUGAGGAACCAUCUGCCAGGAGGGAAGGCUGUGGCUCAGUUUGUCCUGGAAACUGAAGAUUGUGUCUCCAUCAGAGAGCUGCUUGGGAACUGUUUGAGUAAGAAAAAUGGGCUGAGAGAGGUGGGCAAGGUUUAUAUUAGCAUCCUCUGAAUUGGAUAUGUGUGAUGUGACUGACCUGUAAGAUGAAAGGAAAUUUUAUUCUGACAAGCAAGCUUGUCUACUUGCAUCAUUCCACU